AUUUGCUUGCUGAAUCCUUUUAGGCAAGUAAAGAGAGGAGGAUUCCAUUAGAAUGGAGAAGGAAGGCUUAGCAGAGUUUAAUGUGGAAAUUUUGGAGAGUUGCCUUGUGCAACCAUGCCUGCCAGAUUCGCCCAGAUCCACUCUAUAUCUCUCCAACCUUGAUAACCAGCCAGCUGCGAGAGUGGCCGUUAAUAUGUUGCUUGUGUAUGAGGGCUGUGCAAAUGUUUUGCCAGAUCCUGCAAAAACAAUCCGAUAUGCACUAUCAAAAGUAUUGGUGUAUUAUUAUCCUCUCGCUGGGAGAUUGAGAAAGAAAGAAGAUGGGAAGUUUCAAGUGGAGUGCACAGGAGAAGGUGUUCUUUUUGUGGAAACCCUGGUAGAUAAGAGCCUGUCGAUCCUUGGAGAUUUGGAGCAGCUGAGGCCAUCAUUUAAGCAGCUGGUUUUUAGGUUCCCUUUCGACACAGCUAUGGAGGACGUACAUCCCAUGGUUCUCCAGGUAAAUCGUUUCACAUGUGGAGGCUUUGUUGUAGGAGUGACUUUCUACCAUAUUUUAUGUGAUGGACGAGGGGUAGGGAAAUUUCUCAUAGAUCUUGGAGAGAUGGCUAGGGGGCAUGUUAAGCUUUCUAUUGAACCAAUAUGGGAUAGGGAGCUUCUUAAACCGAGAAAUCUAUUGACUCAAGACUUAAAAUUGCUUGAAGAAAAAAUAGAGAGUACAUCUCACUCAUGGGAACCUCCAUUAUAUGAAGAAUCAAUUCAAAUGUCUCUUAUUUUACACUCUGAGACUAUUAAAUAUAUGAAACAAAGAAUGAUUCAAGAAUGUAUGGACAAUUGUACUACAUUUGAAAUUGUUGCAGCUUUGAUUUGGCGAGCAAUGACCAAAGCACUUGAAAUUCCAGUUACUCAAAGUACAAAAAAUAUCUUUGCAGUAGAUGUGAGGAGAUCAUUUAGUCCCCCACUACCAAAUGGAUACUAUGGAAAUUGUUUUGUUAUGGCAUGUGCAGAAGCUACUAUCAAUGAUGUCAUGAACCAACCACUUUCAUAUAUAGUGAACAUUAUAAAGAAAACAAAGAUGUCACUAAAUAACAAGUAUCUUAGAUCAACAAUUGAUAUGGACCAAUUUCCAUCUAGUAUUAUUAGUGACCAAGCUAAUAUAAUGUUGAGUGAUUGGAGGUGGUUGGGAUAUAACGAAGUCGACUUUGGGUCAGGAAGUUCAAUGAAUGUAUUCCCUAUGCACUGGAAUGAGAAUGGAAUCAACGUGUCAAAUUUUUUUAUGUUUGUCCAUCCUCCAAAGGAAAAGGUUGAUGGAUUUAAGAUAAUAGCAUGGAUGCCCCUACAAAAAUUUCAAUUAUUUGAAAUGGAAGUAGAAGCCACUAUCAACCAAUGUAUUACAAAUGAUUUCAAAAAUCAAUGUAAUAGUUAAAUAUUUUAAUUUUUAAAUAAAUUAUAGAAAAUUCAAAACCAAA